AUCUCCGGAGCCUUAGACCGGCCACUACCCAUCCGAGCAUAGCAGAGAGCAGUCAGCCCGUCGUGUCUCUACCCGAGGCCGGAUGGUAAAAUCCAACCUCCAGCGGAUCCUAAACAGUCAUUGUUUUGCUCGCGAGAAAGAAGGAAAAAGGCAGUCUUUUACUACCAUGGCGGACUUGAGUAGUGGUAUCUGUGACAUGAUUGGGAACCUGUCCCUGCACUGUAGUAGUACCCGCGGCCCGGGGCCUCUGUGGUGCUCCGAUGCCCCUCUCCCACCCCUGAAGAUCCCAGGUGGGCGAGGGAAUGGCACGCGGGAUCACACUCCUUCAGCUCGGCCGCUCUACUCAGACCGAAAGUUGACUGUAACGGAGGAGCCAGCAGGGAAUGGUCGCCCCAGGAUACUCCACUUCCAAAGUCGUCCCACCGUUACCAAGACAAUACAGUGGGAUGCUGUCCUAAGCAGCAGUGCGCUCUAUGUGGAGAUACCUCUUGACCCUCUUCCUGAAGGCAGCAAGGAGAGCUUCGCAGCUCUCUUGGAGUAUGCUGAAGAACAUCUGAAAGUCGUUAGCGUGUUUGUCUGCUUUUACAAGAACAGAGAUGAUCGUGCUAAACUGGUGCGUACAUUCAGUUUCCUGGGCUUUGAGAUUGUGAAACCGGGCCAUGCCCUCGUCCCGCCUCGACCCGACGUUUUCUUCAUGGCCUACAAUUUUGACAGGGACUCCUCUGAUGAAGAGUAGCCCUUUUGGACAGCCCCCCUGCUUACUCCCCCUUUUCAUCCCAUUGUAAGUUUGUUCAUAAUGUCCCAGCUUACUCAUAUAAACCCUCGACAGUAGCGCUCUGUAUGCGAGUAUUCAUUUCACCCAUGCUUUUUGUGUUCAAGGGAAUAUGUAAGAUGUGCAUCUCCUGUUUCCACCAUCUAUCCUUGUGUGUUUUAUUAUAUCAUUUUCAUUGAAUAUUAAUUGUUGUUGUCACCUAAAUGAGGGAACCCUUGUUUUUUGGAGUUCGAAUCAUAUUGCAGUUCUCAUAGCUAUAAGUUAAGUUCUGGUAUAAUUUUCAUUUCUUGUCAAGUCUUUGUUUUGAUUGAUAUUUCCUUUUAUGAUAGAUUAAGGUGGAGGAUUCUUCAUUUCUUGAAUGUACAAUAAAAAAAAAGUCAUCAGGUUUACACUCGGGUACUCCAGCUUUCUUUUGAUUGGCUAAAUGACCACAUUCGCUUUCUGUCUGAAUUGAAUUAUUAAUACAUCUCAGCGGGACCAGUUUUGUUUUGUAGCACUAAUAUUCUCUUAAAAGUAUUAAAAAUUUUUUGAAACGUUACAUAUGAGUGACAUCCCCAAUAAUUGGUACUUCAUAGCUGAAUAGUGAAUCAGUUUAGACUACAGCUGGAGUGAAAAAGAUGAAUGCAUGUCUGAUGUAAGUGCUUCAGUUUCAAGUUAAAGAUCCUUAAAUGAGUGAACUGGUACAAAGUGAAAGGAAAGUGAAUAAUCCAAAGUGCUUUUGCUUCUUUGUCAUGUUUAUCUGACAAUAUUGUAGUAUUUUUGUUUUUGAGGUUGUUAAAAAAAUGCUGUGAUAUUAUGAUUGGAUUUUUUUUCUCCUGGAUUUGCAUUCCUUUUAACUCUUUUUUUUUUUUUCACAAUAGAUUUGAAUUUGUUGUUCACCUGCAUAGUGGUACCUGUUGUGCUUCUGUGAUAAUAAAACAAAUAGAAAGAUAA